AUGGUGGAGAGUUGGACCAAGUUUGGACCUGAGGACACCAGAGACCAUGGUGGAGAGAGUUGGACCAAGUUUGGACCUGAGGACACCAGAGACCAUGGUGGAGAGAGUUGUAUCAAGCCUGGACCUGAGGACACCAGAGACCAUGGUGGAGAGAGUUGGAUCAAGCCUGGACCUGAGGACACCAGAGACCAUGGUGGAGAGAGUUGGACCAAGCUUGGACCUGAGGACACCAGAGACCAUGGUGGAGAGAGUUGGACCAAGUUUGGAUCUGAGAAAUGGAUUCCACAGAGCUGUAAGACCUGUGACCAUGUUGAGGACUCCACACACUGGCUUCAGAUUGAACCCUUGACUUCCACUGUCCAGGGAGUGACAAUGUUCAGGCACAGGACACCCAGAGGGAGUUAUGAGUGCACAGUGUCUGGGCUCCGCUGGCUGUGUGACAGAGAUGUCAUUCUGAAGUAUCACUUCAGGAACUGGGAACCCUACAGUCAACUUCUGAAAGACAUGCAGUACACACAAGGUGGUCCAUUGCUGGACAUUACUAUGGAGUUAGGUGAACUGGAGGAAGUUCAUCUGCCACACUGUGUGUGUUUAGGGACCAACCCUUCCCUGAGGAAUGAGAUGAAGAUUCUUCAUGUAGAGGAACAUGGAGUGUCUUUAGAGGAAGUGCAUGAGGUCACCAGAUUCCAUGCUAAGAUUCUCCAUCCCAAGUUCUCACCUAUCUCUCUGAUACUGAGAUUACUGUCUAGGAACGUAGAUGUCCACUGUGAGCUGUUGCUCUAUCUGACAGUGAUGAAGGAAACACUAAUUCCACGCCUGUACCUGUUCCCCAGUAACCCCGGCCAGAUACAGGCUGUGGAACAACAGGAAAUAAAGUUUCAAGGGUCUAAAAGGAUUCCCAUCACAAGACCAGAGCGUUCCUUCAAACUGAAGAGUUCCUUCAGACUGAACAUUCCCUGUUCUACCUCCAUCAAUCCACCGAGGAUUCAUCUCAUACAUAGAGACACCACACCAAGCUUUUUCAAGGCGGUUGUGAAAAUGACAGGGAUUGACAUUGAGAUGGAAUUAUUCGGUGAUGAUGAGAGGACAGUAUGGACAGAAAUAGUAUCACGAGAUGAAUACUAUCAGAACCAAGCAUUAACACUCUCUGGGAUUCCUGCUGAGGAGUUUCUGAAGAAACACAGGGCUGAACUCAUUCAGGGAGUCAAAAACCCAAUGCCAAUAGCAGAUGAUCUGUUGUCAAAGAGCAUGAUUGGUGAUGAAGAGUACUCCAGAAUAAAAGCUGAAACAACUGAACAGGAGCGAAUGAGAGAACUACUGAACGCAGUCCUCCCUAAAGGACCAGAAGUGAUGGGAGCUUGUCUCAAAGCUCUCAGUGAACAUGAACGCCAUCUUGUUAAGUUCUUGAGUGAAUCGAGCACCUAAUCUGAAGAUGCUGAGGCCUGUCUCCUAGUCUGUGGACAAAGACACUUCUCCACCUAAUGUGAAGAUGCUGAGGCCUGUCUCCUAGUCUGUGGACAAAGACACUUCUCCACCUAAUCUGAAGAUACUGAGGCCUGUCUCCUAGUCUGUGGACAAAGACACUUCUCCACCUAAUCUGAAGAUGCUGAGGCCUGUCCCCUAGUCUGUGGACAAAGACACUUCUCCACCUAAUCUGAAGAUACUGAGGCCUGUCUCCUAGUCUGUGGACAAAGACACUUCUCCACCUAAUCUGAAGAUACUGAGGCCU